AAGGCAGGCGCGGCGCCUCUCUCCACUCCCAAAUCUGCCGGCUGCGCUCGAGCGAUCUACAGCAGCAGCCAUGAACAUCUUCAAGAAGAAGGUCGACCCCAAAGAGGCUCUGAGGACUAGCAAGCGGGAGAUGUCAGUCGCCACAAGAGGAGUCGAGCGAGAGAUUGGCUCCCUGCAAAUGGAGGAGAAGAAGCUGGUUGCUGAGAUUAAGAAGACUGCUAAGACUGGAAAUGAAGCGGCAACCAAAAUUCUAGCUCGGCAAUUAGUCAGGCUUAGACAACAAAUUGUCAAUUUACAAGGUACACGGGCACAGAUACGUGGAGUAGCUACUCACACACAGGCAAUGUAUGCCGGAACUUCAAUAUCUGCUGGAAUGAAAGGCGCAAGCAAAGCGAUGGCAGCAAUGAAUAAGCAAAUGGAACCGCAAAAGCAGAUGAAGGUCAUGAGAGAAUUCCAGAAGCAAUCAACUCAACUGGACAUGACGCUCGAGAUGAUGUCUGAUGCCAUCGACGAAACACUAGACAAAGAUGAGGCUGAAGAGGAAACAGAAGAGCUCACGAACCAGGUUCUGGAUGAGAUUGGAGUUGAUGUGGCUUCUCAGCUCUCUUCCGCACCUAAAGGCCGCAUUGGAGCUAGUAACAAGAAAGCCGAGAACAACCAAGCACGGAAUGUGGCUCCAGCGAGAAGUGUGACACCUGAAUCAGAUGCUGCUGAAGUUGAUGACCUGGAGAGGAGACUGGCAUCUCUUCGCCGCAUCUGAAGCUGCUGAAAUCUUCGCCGUAUCUGAAGCUGCUGAAAGAAAGACCUGGAGAGGAGACUGGCAACUCUUCACCGCAUCUGAAGCCGCUGAAAGAAAGAUUAUACCGUACCUUAUAUAUGUAAAUGUGUUUACUGAUGGAUUGUUUCCAAAUGUGCUGGUAGCUUAAUAUUGUACACUGGAAAACAGGCUACAAGUGAUGUAAUAGAACCUGAAUUUUCCA